CAGCGGCGGGGCCGGGCCGGGAGGCGGAACGCGCGGCCCCGCUGAACCCGCCGCGGGGCCUGCGGGAGCAGCAUGGCCGCCAGCCUGUGGAUGGGGGACACUGUUGAGCCUGGUUCAUGCAUGCCUGCUGGUUUUGAGUGGCAUCGACCCUCUUAAAUGAGUCUUCUUUUUGAAGUGUAAGGCUGGAGCCCUAUAUGGAUGAAAACUUUGUUUCAAGAGCCUUUGCCACCAUGGGAGAGCUUGUACUGAGUGUAAAAAUCAUUCGAAACAGGUUGACAGGAAUUCCAGCAGGCUAUUGCUUUGUAGAAUUUGCAGAUCUAGCUACUGCAGAGAAAUGUUUACACAAAAUCAAUGGAAAACCCCUUCCUGGUGCUACACCGGCGAAGCGAUUUAAAUUGAAUUAUGCAACGUAUGGAAAACAGCCCGACAACAGUCCAGAAUAUUCCCUUUUUGUGGGAGACCUGACUCCCGAUGUGGAUGAUGGGAUGUUAUAUGAAUUUUUUGUUAAAGUUUAUCCAUCGUGUAGAGGUGGAAAAGUUGUUUUGGACCAGGCAGGAGUAUCCAAAGGUUAUGGGUUUGUGAAGUUCACAGACGAGCUGGAGCAGAAGAGAGCGCUGACAGAGUGUCAGGGAGCUGUGGGGUUGGGCUCCAAACCCGUACGAUUGAGUGUGGCUAUACCAAAAGCUAACCGUGUGAAACCAAUGGAGUACAAUCAGAUGUACAACUACAACUACAACCAGUAUUAUCAACAGUAUCACAACUACUACGCCCAGUGGGGGUACGACCAGAACACGGGCAGUUACAGCUACAGUUACCCCCAGUAUGGCUACACACAGAGCACCAUGCAGACAUAUGAAGAAGUUGGGGAGGAUGCACUGGAAGAUCCCACGCCUCAGUUAGACGUCCACGAAGCAAACAAGCAGUUCAUGGAGCAGAGCGAAGAGCUGUACAAUGCCUUGAUGGACUGUCACUGGCAGCCUUUGGACACUGUCUCCUCAGAGAUCCCAGCUGUGUUAUAGCCUCGUUGCUGAGGCACUGUGUCUGUGGAAUAUCCCACCAGUGCACUCCGGACUGUUCCGCCGGAUCCCGCGGGAUCAGAGGUGACCCUUUCCCCCCCCCAGGCCUGGGACUCGGGAGUACAGGAGGACUGUGGCCCUUUUCCUGUACAGAACAAGCGUCGUAGGAGCAUCAUGGUAACCUUGACUCAUGGUGAAAAUUAGAACUGCAACAGUUUUAUUCCUUUUUGUCUUGAAAUGAACUCUUGAUACUUGUUGGGAAUUGUAAUUUAUAAACUUUCGACGAGGUGGCACAGGGGAGAGACUCUACCCCACCCUACAAUAAAAAAGUUGGUCUUUUAAGUAAAAAUUACCCCUUGCAUUUUGGUUCCUGCCCCUUUUGGUCCCUGCCCAUCUUUCUGUUUUGCUGCCCAUUCAACUUGUCUCCAGCCAUUUGGCCCAACACUUGUGAAUGUGUUACUUUUAAAAAGAAAGAUCAUUGUUGGAUGCCACUGAAAGGUCUCAAAAGGUUUCUAGUGACUGGGUAAGGUUGCUGUAACUUGAGCACGGGAUGAAAACUUGUGUUCUGGUUAAGCUAAGCUGUGAUCAUGAGCUAGAAAGUUUGGUGUUCUUAAACAGCCUACCUGAAGAGCAUUUUGGAGAGCAAAGACAGAAAGGAGUGUUAGAAAACUACAGACCAAUGCCUUUUACCUGGUGAUCUCUUGCACACCUGACUUGCUUCUCCACCUGUGUAUGAGGAAAUAAUUCCCCAUCAACCAAGCAGUUUAAAAACACUUUAACCAGCAACCAUAUUUAAAUGUUAUUUUGUGUAUCAUGCCUUUAUUUUUUUAUUGGUCUCGUUAAUGUUGAGAUUUUGUAGCGUCUUCCACUGUCCUGUCAGAGGGAAACAGAAGGUCUUGCAGCAAAAACGGGUCAGAGCAAUCUCACUGAUAUAUUGUGCAACAAAUUGUUGUGAACCUGGAAAGCAGUUUUCUACUGGAUGUUGUAUAAGCUGGGUGGACAAGCAAUAUAAAUAAGCUGAUAUUAUGUUGCAUUAGAGGUGAAAGUGAAAAUAAUAGCACUUAUGUACGUGUUAUAAGCCCUUUUCAGGCUUUUGUGCCUUAAACUCUUGGAGAAAUAGGAACAGAGAAACUACCUGUAAUAAAUGUCUAUCCAAGGAAUAGUUUGGUAACUGAAAUUGCUGCCGAGCGUUUCGUUGCCUCCCUGCCCAUGUGGAUGCAGAGAUUUGCCACAAGAUUUAAAUACUUUGAUAAAGCUACUUCUACUACA